AUGUCGCUGCCACAAAGAUUCAAUCUGGGCAUCGUCGGGUGCGGCCAGAUGGGGACUUCCAUAUUAAGUGGGAUCCUCAAUGGCGAGGUGGAACGUCGACAGGAAGACCAGCCAGGUUGGACGGUUAAUCAUAUCUUCAUCUCGGUCCAAUCCGCCUCGUCUGUUGACCGGCUUCGCAAUUUGCUCUCCCAGCACUUGCCCCGCGUUACAAUCUACCAGUCGGACAACCUAGCCACUGUCCGGAACUCACAUGUUGUGAUUCUGGGAUGCAAACCCGCUCUGAUGCAUACGAUCCUUAGUGAAACGGGAAUGCGAGAAGCACUGGAAAGCAAAAUCCUAAUCAGUAUCUUGGCGGGUAUGGACACAAAGUCCACACAAGACGCGAUCCUUGCCAACGGCAAUCCAGCAGAGCAUCCUGAGUCCCAAGUACAUGUGGUUCGGGCAAUGCCAAAUAUUGCCGCGAGAGAGGGCGCAUCAAUAACGGUUGUUGCAUCGCCUGCACGCGAAUCAGAUCGGGAUGCCGUCCGAGUCACACAGUGGCUGUUCAAUCAUGUCGGAAAGACCCAGGAAAUCCCAGAAUCUCAGUUUGAUCUGAUCGGAUCCUUAGCCGGGUGCACUAGUGCCAUGUUCACAGUGGCGAUCGAUGGAUUGCUCGAUCAAUGCGUUGCAGGCGGGUUCAAACGCUCCGAGGGCUUACAAGUGAUCACGCAGACGCUGUUGGGCCUUGCCAAGCUGCUGGAAGCAGGGAACCACCCUGCUGCCUUGCGAGAGGAAGUUUCCUCGCCAGGAGGAAGCACCAUCCAGGGCCUGUUGGAGCUUGAGCGACAAGGGGUGCGGUCUGCAUUCGCCUCUGCUCUUGGGGCUGCCGGCGAGCGGGCCAGGGAAUUGGGCCGUAAAUAG